AUGGGGCAAAGCAGGGGUGACUAUGUGGAAAAGACGGGUUGUUGGUCAUCGGAACUGAAAUACAGCGAACAGUAUCAUGAGUCGCGAAAUAUAUGUGGAGAUAUGAUGCAAAGUAAAGACGCCAACGUUGAAGCGGCUCUGCGCGGUGAAAACAUACCCGAGGGUGCCAGUGCGACGGCUCUUUUUCAGCCUCAAGGCGGUGUCGAAGGGCUCUGCCGAUCGCAAACAUCAACUCGCGCAGGCUGCGAUGGGGCAGGCGUUUGUUCACGGAUGGCAUAG